AUACAGAUUGAGACAAGCUCCUAUGAGAGCACAAUACAGAUUAAGACAAGCUCCCAUGAGAGCUCAAUACAGAUUAAGACAAGCUCCCAUGAGAGCUCAAUACAGAUUAAGACAAGCUCCCAUGAGAGCUCAAUACAGAUUGAGACAAGCUCCCAUGAGAGCUCAAUAUGGAUUGAGACAAGCUCCCAUGAGAGCUCAAUACAGAUUGAGACGAGCUCCUAUGAGAGCUCAAUACAGAUUGAGACAAGGUCCUAUGACAGCUCAAUAUGGAUUGAGACAAGCUCCCAUGAGAGCUCAAUGCAGAUUGAGACAAGCUCCCAUAAGAGCUCAAUAGAGAUUGAGACAAGCUCCCAUGAGAGCUCAAUACAGAUUGAGACAAGCUCCCAUGAGAGCUCAAUACAGAUUGAGACGAGCUCCUAUGAGAGCCCAAUAUGGAUUGAGACGAGCUCCUAUGAGAGCCCAAUAUGGAUUGAGACGAGCUCCUAUGAGAGCCCAAUAUGGAUUGAGACAAGCUCCUAUGAGAGCCCAAUACAGAUUGAGACAAUUUCCUAUGAGAGCCCAAUACAGAUUGAGACAAGCUCCUAUGAGAGCCCAAUACAGAUUGAGACAAGCUCCCAUGAGAACUCAAUACAGAUUGAGACAAGCUCCUAUGAGAACUCAAUACAGAUUGAGACAAUCUCCUAUGAGAGCUCAAUACAGAUUGAGACAAUCUCCCAUGAGAGCUCAAUACAGAUUGAGACAAUUUCCUAUGAGAGCCCAAUACAGAUUGAGACAAGCUCCUAUGAGAGCCCAAUACAGAUUGAGACAAGCUCCCAUGAGAACUCAAUACAGAUUGAAACAAGCCCCCAUGAGAGCUCAAUACAGAUUGGAACAAGCUCCUAUGAGAGCUCAAUACAGAUUUAUACAGGCUUCAGCCAAUAAUUGAAGGAAUGGUUUUCAACAUUUACC